AUGUCUUCAUCUCGCUACCCAGAUAACCGAUAUCCACGCGAUCGCGAUCGCGAGCGGUCGCCAUACAGAGAUAGACGACCUUCCGGCUAUGGCGGUGGCUAUCCCCCAAGAGGGAGCGACUCCACCAGCCGACAACAUCUUGACUCCUCCGCCUUCUCUCCGAGAGACGUUCCUCGCGGCCCUAAGUCACUCGUAGAUGUACCCCGAACCGUUAAUCCAGGGCCCCCAUCUGGCGUUCCCUCUGGUCCCCGCGAUGGGCGUGGAAGGGGAUUCCCGGGACGUGGUGACGGCCCUUCCAAUUCUUUGCGGGAUGCACCUCCUCUCACUGACACCCGAGACCGUUGGCGGGCCGAUCGGGACCGAGAUCGAGAUCGAGAUCGAGAUUUUGAACGGAGGGAUAGGCGUCCUUCUCCCCGUCCACGUUCACCAAUUCGGGAUGUACGUGAUUCAAGGGAUCUUCCUAGAGACCUGGACAUUGGUCGUGCGCGGCGGAAUUCGCGGGAUGGUCCGCCGUCGGCAGGCUCUACCUAUUCAGACCCUCCUCUCGGGAUGUCUUCCUCGUAUCGUGGAAGUGGAAGUGGCAGAGGUCGUGGAACUGGUCGGGAAUUCAAUGUAGAUUCACGAGGCCGUGGGAGAAGUUACCAUGACGACCGCGGCGACCAUUAUGGGCCACGUCCAAGCAUGUAUAGGCCACGAAGUCGCUCACGAGAGCCGCCUUUGCGUAGAGAAAGGGAGAUCCGGGACGAUCGGGAUUUUGAUAGAAGAGAUCGUGAGGAGCGCAGGUUCAGCCGAAGGGAUGACGACCGCCGAGGACACGAUUCGUACAUAGGACCCGGGACCUCUCUCAACACUAAUACACGAUCCACGGAUUCUCGGCACGCGGGUGGAGCGGCCGAUGCUCGGCACAUUCCAGGAACACCAACAGGACCGCUAACUCCACAUUCAGCUCACCAUCCUUCCACCGGUGAUCGGCUAGGGCCUCCGUCCGACUCAUACUCCCGGCGCUCCUCCAUUGCGACGGAGCCUGUGAGUACAAAAGAUCCCCGAAGAGAGUCAGACAGAAACGAUCUUUUAGCGAGUCGUGCUGAAGCAUCAAGAGAAAGGUAUGCCCCACGUGCAUCCUCACCUCCUGCCGCGGUUCCGGCCUUUGGAUUUUCUAAUGUUUGGAGGAACCCUGCCCUUGACGCCAAACCGAUUGCUGCUGCUCAUAUCUCAAAACCUGCCCAACCUGUGCCUCCAGCCCCUGCUCUCUCUACCCCAGCCACAUCAGCACCAGCGAUUCCAACAGCUCCAAAAUCAAUUAUCCCUUCCGGGUUGUCGAUAGUUCCUCCAACCGGACCCAAGGCAGACAGAGUUCCUGAUCGCCAGCAAGUAGAAAUCCAGAAUCAAGAUGCUAGACCCUCGGUUGUCGAACAGGCGCGCAUUGAGAACCCUCAGCGUCCGCCUCCCUCCUCUUCAACACAUUCCAGCACUAAUCCCCCGAUGUCUGAAGGCCUGGAAACAAAAUCACUAUCUCAACUGUCUGCAAAUUCGCCUUCUCUAGGACUGGCCCCUCGAGCCCGUGUUCCGCCAACCGGCCCCCAAGCAGGACCUCGCUCAAAUCCAUCACCAUCCUUUGUCAGACCCCCGCCAGCGCCAUAUCCUUCUCGAGAUGCAUCGCCGGGUGCCAUACCUUCGGGUCCCCGGAACGCCAUGUCAAUGAAUACGUCACCUAAAAGCAUUCCUGUGAGUAUUCCAACCGGCCCCAAAGCGGAUAGAACACCAUCUAUGGCACCUCGACCGUCCAUGUAUGCAUCACUCGACCGCCCUCCAUUCUCAGCCCCAAGGAUGCCAAUCGGGGGGGGGGCGCCAAAGAGUAAUCAGUGGGUGAGGCCCGGUCUUGUCAACCGUGUGGCAAGCAUUCCCACAAAGCGCGAUUUUCCGAGUGAAGAUCGCGAGCGACCAUUUGGCGCCACCCUUAAAGCACCUAAAGUUGAAGGUACUUCCACGGCGGCAGAAUCGCAACGUUUAGAGCAUCAGAAAUUGGGAAUUUCUACAGUGGCUCAAACAAGUGACAAUCGUGGACCAACCAACCGAGCAUCUUCCGAACAACUCCCAAAAAUAUCUUCAUUGAAGAGUCAAUUACUCGAGUCAAGACGCCUAUCCGACGUAUCUAUGCCCGAUGCAUCUCCACCGGCAGUAAAACCGCCCGUGUCUGUAAACUCAUCUGCGCCUGGAGUUAUGGAGGAUUCGGACGAAGAUCUCGAUUUGGAUGAAGCAGAUUUUGCUGAAUCUGAAGCGAAAUACAAUAAGGAGAAGGCUCUACUUGUGUCGAAACGAAUAGACUUGAGAGUCGCCCGCCUGCGUGCUACUUCUCCUUUACAAGAGAUUAUGCUAUUAGCUAGUAUAACCUCGGAUCACUUGCCGCACGACGAGACUCAGGCGCCGGAUCCUGCCGAGGAAGAAAUUCCAAUACCUCCUAUUGCACAAGCGCCACCAGGGAGCACCACGACGGAACUACUUACACCGAAAGCCGAGGAGACAGAAGACAUUACAAUGGAGGAGACCUCACCAGUAUCAGGGAUAGCGCCUGCAACACGAGCGCUUCGUCCGCUUCGUGAACUUUCCAUCGACCGCGAAAGUACUCCAGAUCUCAGUUCUCUUCCUUGGCUUCGGGAUGGUCCUCCGACUCCACUCUCCGAUCUCGAUCAAGAUAGACCAGCUCUAUCAGAGGCAAGCUUGGAAGCGAUCCGGAAUAAGUUGCGAAAUGACUCAGUUCCCUCCAUUUCCCAUAAAGAGGUUCUAAAACAGUAUGCAGAUGCGUACAGGCAAUGGAGACUGCGUAUCCGAGACCUCGACGAAAAUCGGGAACAUGAAGAGCAGGAGAGACCGCAAUCUGCCGAACCGAGUAUGAAGGUCACCACUCCAGACAUUCAGAGUUCUGCUAUUGCAGCAAUGAUGGAAGUGCCACCAGCCACGACAGGCCGUCGAGGUCACUCGGGCAGGUGGGCGACGGAGCUCGACUUUGAACAAGUUCUCAAGGAAUCGUUGAAGACGGCAGAAGAAGAGAGGAUGGGAAAGAAGGAAAAGGGACCAAAGAAAUCCAUCUCGGACCCAGAGAGGGAAGCAACCUUGCCUUUGCAGAUGACAGAGCAGGAAGUCCAGAGGAGGCGAUUCAUCGACACCAACUUCCAGCGAGAACCUGGACAAGGCAUCUUUGUGUAUCAUUAUGAACCACCGGAAGAUGACUUCAGUCAAGAGGAACAUGACAUCAUGGUUCGACACUACAAGGACCAAUAUGCGAAGAAAUGGGGCAAGUUGGCCGAAAUGUUGCAUAAAGAGGCAGGAACAAGCCGCACCUACAAGGAUUGUAUCAACCAUUAUUAUAAGUCGAAAUGGAAUAAGGAAUACAAAGGGAAAGUCAAACGAGGACGUGGUGCAAGGCGAGCUCGAGGUGGAGGUGCGGCACGCGGACGAAUAGCUGCCACCGCAAAUGCAGAGCGACCAGAAGCAUACGGCGAGGAUGGUCCGCCGCCUUUGGCUCUUACUGAUAGUGGACGGCCACGACGACAGGCUGCGCCAACAUUUGGCGCAGAGUCUGAACUUGACGCAAACACACCUGUUCCCACCCCAGGGCGACCUCGUCGACAGACCGAUGCUGACGGUGCACCAGAGAAGGGGGGUCGGCGCGGUAAAGCUGGGAAAGAAAAGGGAGGGCGGAAGCCAAAAAACCAGCCUCUUGCUGCCGCUCCGGCUGAAUCCCCCAUGAAAAUAGACCGCAAAGAACGCGCACUAGGAGUAAAGAUGGAGGACGAGUUUAGCAAACGCACACUUGGUGAGUUGACUUUGCCCAUCGGGCAGCCUAGCUCUAUGGAGGAUCCAAUGUCUCUCCAAGGAGACACACACUUGCAUCCUGCGUUGAGCACUGGAAGCUCUACAAUGAUAGAGCGACCAAAGGCUCACGCAAAUGCAAGAUUAGGACCUUCUAGCUACUGGUCUGUAGCGGAGUCAACAGACUUCAAGAAGAAUGUCGCACACUUUGGGACAGACUGGGCAGCGAUUGCAAACUAUAUGGGUACGAAGACACAAACUAUGGUGAAGAAUCAGUACCUGCGCUUAGUUGAGAGCGGAACAGCCCCUGAAUUGGCAAGAUUAGCUAACGAGGCAGACCAAAAAAGGGAACGGGGCGAGGACCUCGGGCCGCCGCCAACGCCAACACCAGCCCAGAAGAGACGUUAUGAGAGUUCCACAACUGCUCCACGGCCCCUGGCACCAACACCCGAAGUGACUGAAUUGCUCAACUCUCCGGCUACCCAGGCCGUCAUACCCCCGAAGUCGUCUCCUCCAAAUAUCACCUCCUCGAGGUUUUCUGCUAUUAUCCAGGCUCCACAGGUGAAGCCAAUUGUUCCAGCUUCCAGCGCUGCCCCUCUCCCGGAGUCACCUAUCGCCCCUGCACCUCCAAUGCAGCAGCAGCAGUCUCCUCAAGCCCAGCCAUCACGAUCCCAACAACAGCAUCAUCACCAUUCCUCGCACUCCCAACAUAAGGCCCAUCCUCACGGCCCUCGGGCCGGCUUCUUCUCGGAUGACUUGCCGCCUCGCUCGGAGAAUCGACCGCCAUCGCAGCCGUCGAUACCGCAACCUCAUCGACCUUUGGCACAACAAUUUCCGCAUCAGCUUCGCCCACAGGAGCAACAGCAUGCGUCACCGUUCCGGCCAUCCAUUCAGCCAGAGCGCGAAGUGCAAUCACGACCAGAACCACAGCAGGAGCAUGAAGGCUCCGGGCGGUUCCCGUUGCAUCAUGCUCGACGUAUCUCCCAAGAUCUUGCCCCUCACAGGCACUUUCAGCCCAACGCCCUGAGUGCAGGGCAAAUCAUGCCGCAAAUGAGUACAAAUUCAGGGGCCGGUUCACCCGAGACACGACCUCUGCCAAUGCAGCAACCUCGACAGCCCGUACAACCAAGCCAGCCCCCUGUAGAUGUUACCAGCCAAGCGCCGAGUGUGGUGGUUGUGGCUCAACAGCUUGCUUCUCGUUCUACGGUCGUGACUCCGCCAGUCAAAGAAGAACAGCGCCAUUAUCCUCUACCUCAGAUACCUCAGAUACCUCAGCCUCAAGCCCCCCCUCAGCUUCAGGCUCAACCUCAGAAUUAUUCCCAACUGCCUCAACCUUCUGUUCAACCUCCACCGCAGCCGGUUGUCUCGAAACCUACCACUGAACCAAAAAUAUCCAGCCUGUUGUCCUUACUAAACGACCCUGAGCCCGAGGAGCCAAGACGUAAGAAGCCUAGCGAACAGAGCAUACCUUCACACACUCCAACGCCCCAACAGCAGGCCCCAAUUGCCCCUCCCCCACCUAACCCCCAGACAUUACCUCAACGCCGCGAAGGUUUCGGUGAUCUCGGUACCACUCAAUUACCCUACAGCCGGUCUUCCUUCGCCCAACAAGCCUCACAGUCCCAAGCUUCCACGGGCCGAACCAUGGUUGAUCUCACAAACGAACAGCCACCAAACAGACAACAUCCACGGGAUAGCUGGCAGCAACGACAAUCAUAUCAUCCAAGUCAAAGCCAAGCACAACAGACUCAGUCACUUAAUUCUCCUCACAUGACAUUAGCUCAACCGAACUUGAGUCUCAGCAAUCAUCGGGCUGUCCUCGCCCAACACAAUGCCCCUCGACACAAUCCUUCGCCACCUCCCCAUAAUGCAUAUCAUUCACCCCAUGCGCACUCGCGGACCCCCAGUUUGACACAGCCACCUCAACAGCAACCCCGCCAUGGCAUCAGCAGCUCAGCUUCAAUGCAGGCUGCGGCCGGUGCCACCCAAAUCCUGCAGCCGAACCCGUAUGCUCAGGUUGACCCACCAGGGACCGGCUCUCAACCCACAGGACCAGUUGGUAUGCGACCCAGCCCUCAUCUCCAUACUACCCAUGCCGUGCAGCACCGGGAAAGCCAAGGCCGAAAUGAGCAGACCCAAAGUCAUAAUGGCAGCCUCUCUUAUUCCAACCCUCAGACACCGAUUGACCGUCACCCUUCACACCCACAUAUGCGAACUGGAGGUCUUCCCGAGCCGUAUCGCCCCCGUGAAAAUGACUUUGACGCGCGGAACCGUGAACGAGACGUCUCCCGGGAACUCUCUCAUAGAGCCGAGUUGAUGAUGAGGCAAGAGCGCGAACGAGACUCUAUCCUAUCAAACCCCCAGCUACGUUCGGCUGCCCCACAGUCUACGCUCCAGGACCUUAGAUACCAGCCUCAAACUCAACAGGAUCGAGGAUAUCCUACUCAGCGUUCUCACACUCCACUUUCGAGAGCUGACCAUGUACAACAUCCUUCUCUACAGCAUCACCCCCAUUCUCUGCUUGUCGACAACAAUCAUGUUCUGAUAGGACAACGUCUACAAGAGGAUCCAACGCCGCCACCGCAUCGAAUGCGUGAGGCAUACCCUCCUCGAGAUGAACGUGAUCGCUUCACAGAUCGCAUUCGAGAAGAGCAGGCGCAACAGCAAGCCAGGAUAAGGAGCGAUGAGUAUCUUGUCAGAGAACGUGAUGCGAGGUUCCGCGAGGAUCUUCUAAGAAGAGACAGAGAUGCUAUAAUGCAAGGCCCAAUCCCACCAUCUGGACCAGGCCUCAGCCAGCAGGGGCAAGGCCAACGACAGCCCCCAGGCCGUGCGUCCCCCGGGUCAAUGGGGUUCACGAUAAUUUUAAUCUCAAGUCUCCCAACUUUUUCGACGGAUACACCUACAACCUUCACCCACGUUUCCUUUAUUUCCGACCUCGUCAUCGAUUCCGGCUCGGCGUUUCGGACUUUUCACGAAGUGUUGAAUCGUUUUCUGCUUGAUGGAUGGAGUUUGCAUGCAUGUAAAAAGUUGGAGCAGCACCCGCUGCAACUUCAACCACGACCUGAAUGCUUCACUGGCGAUAUGUGGAUACGGCAUGAUCCAUGGCGUUUGGGUGCUCUCUUUCAUUGGCGGUGCUUUUUGUUUGUUGUUAGGGACGGCUGGGUGGAUGAUUGUAGUGAAGUGUUAGGGCAUUGCUUGAGUACAAAAGAAACUUUUGUGUCUUCUGUGGCUGCGAUGGGCUACCGCAUGCUAUAUCCAUAG